AUGGCGGAUGAAACCAGUGGCAAUUCUUGCCCUGUCUCCGGGGACAUAUCUGGGGACGAUUCGCAGAGCCAACCGCUCCCAACACCAGGCCUCAAACCAAACCCCAUCGUGGACGAUUUGAAGAAAAACCAUUUGAAUAAGGGUGUCUUGAUCCCACUUAAGACAACCCAAGAAGUCCGCCAAGACCAUACUACCGUUUAUGCAUACAUUACUCGGGCGCCAACAAAGUCUGCUAACGACGUCAUAACAGCCUUGCGAACAUUACGACCAGAGGGUGGUGCUAAUCCCCUACCCCAUCUUCGCACCUGUGCAAAGCCGACAGACUUGCCUGCGCACCUCAAGACACAAUUCAUGAAUGAUGAUCCAGUAGGCCGCCAGAUUCAUACCAGCAAGUCUACGUGGAUCUACAUUAUUGCAGGCGAGGCCAGGGAGAUCAGCAAAUCAGACCUCAUCAAGACUUUAUCGACAGUGGACGCGUUAGAAAACGACCCCUUCAUCGCCACCAUCACCAUUCCUCUGCUGGCACCUACAUCCCAAGUGCAAGCAGCGCUGUGGUCGUCUCAGUAUUGGCCAACGGUUUACCGCAAGAACAACCCCCUCGGUCCUCAUCCUAGCAUGGUGGGUCGUGGAACAGAUGAGAUUAAGGAGGAUGCAUCCUUGUGGAUGGCCCUGGCCCAUCAAGUCGCCUUGCAAGCAAAAGAGGCAGGAAUCGGAGAGGCCAUGGGAGCUGUGAUUGUUCAGAGAGGAGAAAACGGAACCGAGUUGGUUGGUCUUGCUGGCGAUGCCCGUAAACAUCAAGAAUGCAACGGGGCAAUUCUCAACAACACCGUGACACACUGCGUGCUUCGGGCAAUCAGUAUGGUUGCCCAAAAGCUCGUAAGGCACGAGCACCGGGAGGCUGGCAUAACUGCUGAAGCGGCAAAUUUAUAUUACGACUGUUUUCAAGACCAGCCCUUGAUUGAGCUGGAACGCCGUUGUUUUGAGCAAGAGCAUCCAAACAAGGAUGGAUACCUUUGCCAUGGAUUGGAGCUGUAUGUCACCCACGAGCCAUGCGUUGCUUGUUCUAUGGGUAUACUUCAUUCCCGCAUGGGCAAAGCUGUCUUUUGCCAUCAGAUGGGUCGCACUGGUGGAUUGAGUUCGGAUGAUCGUCCGGAUGGAGGUGGACGAGGGUUGGGAUUAUUCUGGAGACGGGAGCUCAAUUGGAGUUUGCUGGCUUGGGCAUGGGAACGUGAAAACGUACCCGACCUCCCGCCCAUCGACCCAACCACUCAUGUUUAG